GGGUAGGAGGAGUGAACAUGGCAUUGCAGAGUGCCGGGGAUACCUUGAAUAAACAAUUCAGUCAAGCGACUGACUGCAGGACUCAAGAGCAGAAGAAAACCGCGCAUGUGGGGAAUAGACGCUGUCAGCCCCAGUCAUCUUUCCGUUUUCCCACAUCUGAAUUGUUCGUAGAGAGAAAUAUCAUAUGCGCGCCUCCCUAAAUGCAGCAUAAUUUUUAACUGGAUUCUCUUCAUCCGAACAGGGCCGUCACCAGCUGACCUUGUGGACAGAUGUGGCAGUGAUUUUAUUCACAACCCUGAAGCUUUGAAGUACAGAACCAGUGCCAUGGAAUCCCACAAGACUGACUGCAUUACAAUCCUGUACUUUUCGUAACAAUGGCAUGAUUAUAAACAAUAGUCUUGCCUCCUGUUUGGGGGAAUGUCUUGUGAAUCUACAUUAGGCCUUACUUUUACCUAAAAAAAAAACAAGGUUUGGAAGCUAAAAACUGUAAGGUCUCUUGGUAGAACAUAACAGAACGAUUUUCCCCUCUAUUGUAGUGGCCAACCAUACAAAGGACUAUAGUAUUGAACAUGACUCAUGGGGAAGAGCCUGGCCCUGAAACACACCAGGAUUCUGCUGUAUUAACAUAUCUGGAAGGUUUACUCAUGCAUCAGGUAGCAGGAGGACAGGGUGCGGCAGCAACACAGAGUGGAAGCCAAGAGCAGAAGAAUAAGGACAGCGGGACAGAGCAUGCACAGCCUAAUGGCACUCGACAGGAGCAGAACCGAACAAAUUCCCACUGUGGAGCCUCGCAGCACCUCAGAAAGGCUCGUCUACUCAACUCAGAGGCCUGGACAGAGAGUGAGACUCAACGGAGAACAGCACCCUCCGUUUCCCUGAACGGGCAAAGUGAAGACCACCAUAGUGGCCAGAAUGGCUCAUCACAGGAUAAAGGAGAGAGUACACUUCUAGCUAGUUUGCUGCAGUCUUUCAGUUCUCGACUUCAAAACGUGACCCUGCCACAGCAGAUUAUCCAAGGCUUGAGGCCACUGGACACCCCCUGCCAGAUAAGCAAGCCUGCACAAGAGGACAGUGCAGAUGUGCCUUGCCACAGACCUGCCUUGAGUCACCUCAAAGGGUUAGUGAGCAAGAGCAAAAUGCAAAAUCACAGCAACAGUGUGCCUUAUCAACAUCGACGGUCUAGCCAGGAAAGCUUUUCAGAAUCACCUAAGGCACUGCAGAACAGUACUCCCUCCCCAUCUCCCGAGUCUCUAUCUUGUACCGAGCGCCUAAAAGCCGUGGCAAACCUGGUAAAUAUCAGAUCAAGCCCCGCUCCAUCACCCAAACCAAGUGUGGCAUGUAGUCAACUGGCUCUUUUGCUCUCCAGUGAGGCCCACCUGCAACAGUACUCUCGAGAACAUGCCCUUAAAACCCAACUCUCUGGACGAUCAGCUAGUGAAAGACUAUCAGCCAUGGCGACACAGCAGACACAAGAUAAACAACCUACAACUUCAGGCCAGUCUCAUGGACUUAGCGUCUUACACACCAAGAAUGGAAUACCUUCUUCACAACUGUUGUCAACAAGCUCCAGCAGACAGAGUCCAAGCCUAACUUCAGGGCAAAGAAGGACAGAAAGUUCCAUGCGGACAGGAAAUCGCUUUCGAGAGCGUCGACCUUUUGAGAAACAAGGCAGACCGUCACAGAACUGCAGCAGUCUCCUACUUCAACUUCUCAACAGUCACAACACCUCACAGCGAAUUAAUGGACAGGGUCACUUGAAAGAUGACCUCUGUACCCUUGGCACUCUGGCCUCUCCGCUUUUUUCAGACAGCGAGCACUCAAACCCUGACAGUAGUCUCACAAAAGACAGCAGUGAUGCUGAGAGCACUUACUCUAGCUGCUCUCCUAUUGACCUUUCUUUAAAGAGCAGAACAAAUGUACAAACAUCAGUAUCAACUUCCUCCUCACCUGUACUGGACAGGAUCCCAGAGUCUUCAUUAAAUAGGUGGAAGCCUGAGACUCUACCUGUCAAAGUGGAUGCAUGUCCAGAGAUGAAACCUCAUCACAAGGUCACUCUAUUACAGUUACUCUUGGAUCACAAAAAUAACGAGAGAGCAAACAAAGGUCUGGAUAAUCCAGAUUUGCUGCAUGAUGUAAUCCCUAAGGUCACUAGUGCAUCUACAAGUAGCCACAGUGUUUUCAGUACCGCUAGGUGUAAAAACACAAGUGAACUUAGUGGCCACUGUGGAUUGAGCUGUAGAAGUCCCAAACUUUUGCCAACGUACAGUCAAAGCCGAGACUCCAACAGCAGUGCAUCUCCAUAUACACUUUAUGGGUCUCCCCAUUCUCAGUCUGUCCCCUUGGAUCUUUGUAAAGCAAAACAAUCCACAAGUGAUGUAAGAGUUAAAGAACCUGCCUUUAGUGCUAGUAAACUUUUGCAGAAUUUAGCUCAGUGUGGAAAACAAAACCCUGACAUUUCUCCUCCAGCAAAGGCAACUUUACCCCCUAUCAAACUCAUGACCCAAGAACUGAAAGUUAACCAUCCUCCAACUUUACUUGAAAGACUCACUGCGCCAAUUCAGAGUAAUAACCCACUGUGGGAAGAGGCCAAGGCAAAAACUUCAACUGCGCCCGAAGCAGCACAGCAUGUCUCAGAAAUUGAGAAUCUGCUUGAAAGACGUACAGUUCUUCAGCUUCUUCUGGGCAAUGCUCCUCAGAAUGAAAAGGUAGGCAGUAAACGAAAACGAGAACAUGGCAAGACCAAUUCUUUGGAAAAACAAACACAUCAGGCAAUAGGCCAAGCAAAUGGUCCUCCUUUGGAAAUUACAAUAAAAACUGAGCCAGUUGAUGAGGGUCAUGCGUAUGACUAUAACAAAAUAUCAAAGCAAUGCCAGAAUUCAGGGUUGGAGCCUAGAAAAAGCACCAGUUUUCAUUCUCACGAAAACAUCAAGCAAGAACCACUGUCCCCAGAGGCUUCCACCAGAGAUGGUCUUCUCUGUCAUCUCCUAAAGAAACGACCCAACAAAACCCUUCAGCCAAACAAGUUAGAGGACCUAAAGAGGGGUUGUGUCAAAGAAGAAUCAGUUGAAAUCCAGGGACCAACGAUCCCAAAGAAGCGGAAAUUUUCGGUAGAACUAGAACAUCAUAACUCCUCGAGUCACCAGGCCAGGGAUUUGGAGCAUUCUGGUGUCACAAAAGAAGACGACAGUGGUUGUUUUGCUGUUGGACAUCUAGAGACCAGAGAGACAAAAGAGGCCAAAGACCCAUCUAGCCCCCCAGAGGCAGACAGUCCUCCAGCUAAAUUUCCACCAAAUGAGUCUAAUGAAAACCGAAGUUUCAAUGUUCUAAAGCAGCUGCUUCUUUCAGACAACUGCUUGAAGGAAUUGUCUCAACCCAGGGGUACAUUCAGUUCACCGUCACAUGCCGUGCUGAAUGGGAAUACAAUCAAGCAACCAUGUAAUGAAGGUGAGCUUCAAAACUUUCACCAGAGCCUAAGCCCCAGCAAUGCAUCUCCUAAAAAAACAAGGUUUAGGCAUGAAUCUCCCCAUAUUACACAGCAGGAGCCUGCAAGGCCAAAAAUCGAUUACAGCAUCAUAAAGGAUUUGAAGGGCCCUGCAAGGAUGGUUAAUGGAGACGAUCAAACACAAAAGUAUGGGCCAGACUCACCUCGUUUUACCAAGACUAACCCUAUUUUGUAUUAUAUGCUCCAGAGGAGCAAUGCACAACUGGUUAAAGAGGGGGAGGGACUGGAGGCAGGCUCGAGACUAAUGCAGACAAAGGUCAAAAACGAGUCGUCAGGUAAUACUGAGGCCUUUGAACUUUGAAACAAAAUUCACAGAAUUACCAUGGAACACUUAGUUGUGACUCACCACGGCUACACGGGUCAUUGAAAAAAGUACUAGUUUUGAGUUUGUGAACCAGUAUCUGUGCUUGAACUAGAAAUGUGUUUAUUCUCUCAACUUACCCGAUUGCUACUUUUGUUUUUAUUGAGGCAUCACACAUUAUUCACCUGAAUUACAUGUCAUUAAGUUCACAAAAAGACCAUGAAACCAAAGUUAAUUUGAAUAUUUAUAAGCACUGCUUUCUGGCUGAUUUCUUUCUUGCAUUCUAAGCAGCAAACAAAAUAUGUUUUUUUAUGAAAGGUGUUUGACGGAUUUGUCCUCAUGUAUUCGUAACAAUAUCAGUUCCCACUCCGUUUUCCACACAUGGUUAGACUUUUGGCCUCAGGCAGUGAGUUAUGAUGCAACAAUGCACAUGACAAUCUGUAUAAACAGAUUGUGCCUCAGCAGUUAGUGAAUAUUCUUCAAUUUACCAUGAUGAAACAAAGAGAUAACUAUGGAUUGUUACUUUUGUCCAUGCCUGGAAGGCUUGUCACCAUAUUUAUACAUUAAAAAAAAAAAAAAAAAA